CUUUGAUUUCACAAAGACUUUUACAUAAAUCAAAUAGAUUUUAGAUCUGUAUCAAUAAUACUCAAUUAUGUAUAAGUUAUUAGUUUUGUGUUCAUUAAUGUCGGCCAGUUACGCGAUAUAUCCACAUCAUCAUCACCUGGCUGUUUCCCAUCAGCAGGUGAUCAAGCACGACGGACCACACCAUCCGAUACCAAUUCAUCAUCACGUGCCACACCACCACGUUGGAGUCAUUCACAAUCUUCACAUACCCGUGCCCAUUCAUCACGUGCCUCACCAUCAAAUACACCACGAUCAUUAUGCAUUCCCGGAGUACAAGUUUGCGUACUCAGUUCAUGACCAUCAUACUGGUGAUGUGAAAUCACAGCAUGAGUUCCGUCAUGGAGACGUGGUGCAGGGCGGAUAUGAGCUCAUCGAACCCGACGGCCGCCAGAGAAAAGUUGAAUACAAAGCUGACGAUCAUUCCGGGUUUAAUGCCAUAGUCCAUCAUUCCUCUCCACAUCAUCACGUUCAUCUCCAGCACCAUAUUUGAUUUAUCAGAAUAAAUUGUUAAUUGCAUCGUCAAACUGGCCAGCUAUAAAUAAUUAGGAAACUUUUUAUAAUAUA